UCCCCACUAGGCGACACUGUCCCGCAGGAUUUGUGUUUCAGUAGAGGAACAGAAAGUGCCUGUCUAUCAGUCACGCGGAGGCAGCAAUGUUAGUUUCUCUUUCAUUUUAGUGGAGAUCGGUCCCAACAGCUAAAUCUAAAAAAGCCAAAACUAAAACCAUAGUCGUCCUCCUCACGGAGUUCGUAGCGUUAACUUCAGGAACAUUUUACACGAACGCCUCGUGCCCAAGGAAAAAAUAAGGCAAUUUAGGCUAUAUUUGAGUCAGGAGAUGGAUGAAGGUCGGUGUGUGUUCACGGCUGCUCGCCGAGGGGACAGAGAUCUCCUCCGGACGUUACUCCUCCAUCGCUCCGUAGAGGAAAGGAGCGACCACGGCCUCACGCCGCUGCACGAGGCCGCGCGGGCCGGCGAGACGGGCUGCGUCCGGGAGGUCCUCAGCAUGGCAGCCGCCUCAGGCGUCUUCAUCGAGUAUGUGAACACACGGGCAACCAACGGCCAGACAGCGGUGUUCAUGGCCGCAGCCGAGGGCCACACGGACGUCGUGAAGCUCCUGGUGGCCGCCGGAGCGAAUUUAAACGUCAAGGACGCAUCAGGCCUCACGCCGCUCCUCGCCGCCGUUUCAAACGAUAAACCAGCGACGGCCAUGGCGCUCAUUAGAAAGGGGGGAGCAGUCCAUGUAACAGAUGCCUCUGGGCAGUCUUGCCUUCACCUUGCCUCCGCUCAGGAUUCUAGUGAGCUAGUUUCCAUGCUGUUACGCUUUGGUGCGCUCAACCUUCGCAACGUGGAACAGAAGACGGCCUUAUAUCUAGCAGCUGAGCACGGUCACCACGAAUGUCUGGAGAUGUUGGCCGCUGCAGGCGCAAACGUUGAGAUCCAAGCGACGGACGGGGGCACUCCCCUGUUGGCCGCCACGGAGGCUCAGUCGGAGCCAUGCGUCGAUGCGCUGCUGAAACACGGAGCAGAUCCAAAUGUGGAGUGCCGCGAAUACUGGCCUCCGCUCGCCAUCCAUGCUGCCGCUGUGGGGGACAACGUCAACAUCCUGCGGCGGCUGGCGGCGGUGACGCGGCGGGGGCUGGGCAGCGGGGAGGGGGAGGUGAGCCCCGUGUUCUUAGCGUUGGAGAAGCCCGAGAUGCUGGAGGUCCUGCUGAAGGAGGGCUUCAGCUUCAAGGCCGGCUGGGAAAACUGGGAAUACGAGGAACAUUGCGACUCAGAAUCCCCGCUGGGCCUGGUCCUGUCCCACAUGGUGGACGACCCAGCGUUGAAUCAUAGUCGGUGCAUGAGCCUCCUGAUGCAGGCGGGGGCGCCCCUGACGGAGGAUUGCUGGAGGCUGAGUCUAUCGGACCCGUGCGUGCUGGACCUGCUGCUGGCCCAGAGGUGUGAGGACCAGGGGAAGGGCCCCGGGGCCCGCCCCCUGCUGUCCGGCGAGGAGCUGGAGGCGCUGGUGAGCGUGGCAGAGGAGGACGCCACGGAGGCGGGCUCCUGGCUCCCGGCCUUGCUGGAGAGCGGGCUGGACCCCAACGCUCUGCUGGUGCCCGCCUUUCUGGAGGAAGCCCCCAGCGAGGCGCUCACCUACCUCCUAGAGAUGGUGGACCGGUCCACUCUGGGCCGGCUGCUGAGAGACGUCCUGGAGCAGCGGCAGAAGAUGAAGACCUGGACGCCUCCCGCUCACCUCGAGUGGGUGCCCCCGCUCUUCCACCUGUGUCGGCUGCGGCUGCGGGCCCACCUGGGUCCAGACGUGCUGAUGAGGAGCCCGGCGGUGACCCAGCUGCCCGUUCCUCUUCUUCUCCACGACCACAUGCUGUUUGCAGACAUCAAAGCACCAGGGGACCCCCACUCAGGAUCACCGUCCGACUAAAAACUGGUUCGGUCCGGUUUGGUUGUCCGAUCGAAGUGUUCUUAUCUUAUAAUAUAGUGUAAUCUGUUGGGUUUGUGUAUAUAAUGUUAAAAAGGGCUUUUGGUUCAUCUUGUGUGUUAAUAAUAAAUGUGAUAAUUAUUUAUAAAAAAGAAAACGUUCUGCCUCAAGAAAAAUGUAAUGUUAAAAUUUAAACGGUAAACAAGACUGUAUUUCUAUCGAUCCAGAGUAUACUUUGCACUGCUGAUUCACUUUCAAUAAAUAAUCUGUUCAGUAAAACUCGUUCAUCAUCUUUAAGGCAGAAAACGCUUUGCUGCGUUGUUUGUGUUUGGGUCGCUUUCAGA